AUGGUGUUCUUACCUCGAUUAGGUCAAUUAGGUCCUCAAAGAAUAGCAUUCAUACAUGCUCGACAGAACGGACGUUUUUACGCCACCGUAUCCAACCCUCAGACUGUCAUAGAAAAAAUCGUACAGAAAUAUGCGGUUGAUCUACCUCAAGGUACAAAAGUCAGAGCAGGUGAUUAUGUUAUGAUCAAGCCAGAGCAUGUUAUGACACACGAUAAUACAGGACCUGUGAUAUCUAAAUUCCUUUCUUUAUCGUGCUCAAAACUUGAUAAUCCUAGACAACCAGUAUUCACAUUAGAUCAUGAUGUUCAAAAUAAAUCAGAGACGAAUCAAAAUAAAUACAAGAAAAUUGAAGCUUUCGCAAAACAACACGGUGUUGAUUUUUAUCCUGCGGGAAGAGGUAUAGGCCAUCAAAUUAUCGUUGAAGAAGGUUACGCUUGGCCUGGUAAAAUGGUUGUGGCAAGUGAUAGUCAUUCAAAUCACUAUGGUGGUGUAGGCUGUUUAGGUACUGCUAUCGUUAGAACUGACGCUGCAGGUAUCUGGGCGACUGGUAAAUUCUGGUGGCAAAUACCUAGAGUAGUUUCAGUCUCACUCGACGGGAAAUUAUCACCCGGAGUAACAGGUAAAGAUGUCAUUGUCGCUCUUGCCGGUUUAUUCAAUAAUGAUGAAGUUCUCAACGCUGCUAUCGAAUUCACCGGAUCUGGGAUAGAACAUUUAUCGAUUGAUGAAAGGCUGACUAUUGCCAAUAUGACAACGGAAUGGGGAGCUGUAGCAGGUGUUUUCCCCAUCGAUAACAAAUUAGAAGAGUGGUAUCAAGGAAUAUUCAAAAAGAAUGAAUUAAGAAGAUUUUUGACCCAACCUGGUUCUUCUUCCAUGGCACCUUUCCCUGAACCUUCAGACCCAGUCAAUGAAACAAAACCUCAUCCUCGAUUGAAUCCAGAUCGUUUACAAGACGCUUUGACCAACAGACCUACCGCCGAUGAUGGAGCUCAUUACGCGUCUAGAUUAUCACUUGAUCUUUCAACUUUAGUGCCUUACGUCUCUGGACCAAACUCAGUCAAAGUAGCUACCGCCUUACCUAAACUGGUUCAAGAUAAUAUCAAGAUCAAUAAAGCUUAUCUCGUGUCAUGUACCAAUUCCAGAGCAUCCGAUAUCGCAUCUGCAGCGGAAGUGUUGAGAAGAAAGAAGAUCGCUUCCGGGGUCGAAUUUUAUAUAGCAGCAGCAUCAAGUAGAGUACAAGAAGAUGCUGAAUCCUCAGGUGAUUGGCAGGUUCUGAUUGAUGCUGGAGCUAAAACUUUACCUGCUGGAUGUGGGCCAUGUAUCGGACUAGGUGUUGGAUUAUUAGAAAAAGGUGAAGUUGGUAUAAGUGCAACGAACAGAAAUUAUAAAGGUAGAAUGGGUUCACCUGAAGCUAUAGCUUAUUUAGCUUCUCCUGCUGUUGUAGCUGCAUCGGCUGCAAAAGGUUACAUCUGUGGUCCUGAUUCUCUAGACUUAAACUCUCUACCCAAAUACGAUAAACCAACAAUAUCGAUAAUAGAAGAAAACACAGAAUCCACUUCCGCAACAGAAGUAGAUGAAGCUUCAUUAGAACCUUUACUCGAUGGUUUCCCAGAAUACUUUGAAGGUCCGUUACUUUUCGCUCCUCAAGAUAACUUGACUACGGAUGGUAUGUAUCCAGGUAAAUACACUUAUCAAGAUGAUAUCACACCAGAAAGACAGGCGGAAGUCGUAAUGGAAAACUACGAUCCAACAUUUGCAGCUACUGCAAGGGAAAUUCGAAAUACUCUUUCAACAGAAUCCUCUUCUUCAUCUUCAUCAUCAUCAUCGUCGACUCGACCUGGUGCUAUAUUAUUAUCGGGAUACAAUUUCGGUACUGGAUCAUCCCGAGAACAAGCUGCAACAGCAAUCAAGAACGCCGGAAUACCUUUGGUGAUAUGUGGAUCUUUCGGUGAUAUAUUCAAGAGGAAUUCCAUAAAUAACGGAUUGAUAUUGAUAGAAUCUCCAACUCUGAUCAAGGACAUGACUGAACGAUUUGCUAAAGAAGGUGUAAGAGGAAAAGGUGGAAAAGAUGGCAAAUUAACUGUAGUACCUGAAGGAUGGAAGAUCAAAGUUGAUACCAGAAGAGGUAAAGUAACAGUAACGACUGAUAAAGGUGAAAAAGUAUAUCCUGCAGCUAAAGUAGGUAGAAGUGUACAAGAAUUAUGGGUGAAUGGUGGUUUGGAAGGAUUCAUUAGGGCUUCUUUGUAA